AUGCUCACAGGGGAGUGUGCGUCGGCGCAGUAUACACUCAUCGAUGAUGGCGGGCCGACCAUGAUAUAUGCGCCCUUUGUGGGCUGUAUCAACAAUAAACCAGAUUGCUGUCCCUAUAAACCCGCAACCAUGGCUCAAAAGUUCAAGGCCGUUGUCACAGCCAGUUCCGGUGUGUUUCCCACUCCGCAAAAUCAAAUAGAUUCCAUAAUGAAAAGUUGUGCUGCCGAUUACUACUCCGUCUCUGGAAGUUGCUGCCCAAGGUACGUCAUCAUGUCCGGCUACGCACUUUGGACCUCCGUCAUGGGUGGCCAAACACCAUGUAUAAGGGCUCUCACAGCAACCACCGGGGUGCAGACCAUCACCAACGCGCCGGCCGCGACAACAACGAAACCGACCAUGGCCGUCACGGGCGUUGUCUUUGCCAUGGCCUAUCCACUGGAGGAAACCUCGGGAGGACUCCCGAGUGGAACAAUCGCAGGCAUAGUCGUGGGCAUCAUCAUGGGAGUAUUCUUCCUAGCGGCGGUGAUAUUCUUCAGUUGCCGCUACCGGCGCAGCAAACAACUGAAGAACUUCAAGAAGGAACUUCAUCAAAACUUCUAUGGCGAUAACGGGACUAGAACGUCGGAAGUUCCGACGCUCGUUAACAAUACGAACGCCAACAGUAUACGGGGAAGCACUACUACCACGAUGGCGCAUCAUCGGCCACAAAGCUCCCUUUGCGGCACCCAGUACCUCCACCACAAGACCAUCAAGCGCGGCUCGGUCGCCAGCCUCGGGCACAAAGAGGAGCGAGACUUGUCCCAGGUCGAUAACCCCGCCGAACGAUACACACCCGACUCGGCCUACCCCCAAAGACCACCAGCCAGGGAAGCGAUGGUAAGGCGGGAAUCAUCAGUACACAGUCUGGAUUCGCAACUAUCUCUCCAUGACGAGAACUGUUACGACAACAUCUUGCCCUCCCCGGGCACGCCAGGGAUUUUGGCAGAUGGGAAUAACAAUCACAAUAUCCACAACAGCAGCAAUAAUCCAACCAACGAUUGGGUUGUCUCUGGGUCGGAAUUGCACCUGGCAAAACCGCAGAGGCUGUCGAGGGGAUACCCGAGGAUAGUGUACACUCAUUCCCAUGGACAUGGGAGCAAUACAAGUGUGCCGACUACGGUGACUGGUGGCGAGGGUGGGGGAGCGGGGAGGCCGUCGACCUCUACGUCAGGGAGUGCGAGCGGGUCGGGGAGUAUUUGCAGUAGGCCGUCGACAAGGUUGGAAGUUAUGCCGGGAACGCCGGAGGAGGAUAAUAAGACCAAUGGGAAUAGGGAGAGGCAGAAGGUUGAGGUUUGA